AUGGCGACUGGGGAAUCUGAAGCCAAAAUCCCCUCGGAAAGGUUUGCUCCUCAUUUAUCCGAGUUUUAUCCUCUGGUUAAUAAUUCAACACAGAAGGCUCAACACAUGAACACGUCGCAAAUAGAAUCACCUGUGCCAGUCGACAGGCUACAGUCUCCAUUGAGGUCCACUGCAAAUUCUAGUGUCUUUAGAAUCCGUCGUCCGUCGUCUUUGAGGUCGGGUUUCAGCUCCAUUAACGAUUUACAGAAUUUGGUAACGAACAAGGACAUGACACAAACUGUCGAUACUAUGUGCCAAUUGCUGAACAAUGCUGAAAGUUAUGCCGAAGAGCUAGUAGCGACAUCACAAAGAGCAAGCUUAUUGGCGCUUUCUUUGGAGCAAAUGGCUCGAUUGAAGGGUUGCAAUGAUGAUACAGCUGACAAGUUUUUAAGUUCAAGUGGACUCUUCCACCUGAUAGCCAACCACCAACGCAUUAUGUCCGAUUGCAUCAAAUCAUCACUGAUCGAGAGCUUAACAAGCCGCAUCGAUGAAUUUCAGUAUAAAAGAAGGGUUCACGAAUCUCGAUUCAGGAAAGAAUAUAAUGACGAGGCCAAGAAACUAAAGCUGCAAGAAAAGUACAAUGCUCAGUUCUCCAAGCGCAAGACUCGAAACUUGGUUUCCUAUCGAGAAAACCUAGCUAAUCUACAGUUACAGUUGGAUGAGCUAGAAUCAUUAAAGCACCACUACUACCAGGAUUCUUACGAAAUGGUAGAAUCUUGCUGCUUUGAAGUUUUAAAAGAUACAGCUACCGUGUCAAGGGCGCAAGUGGAGAUAAGUGAGAAUAUUGCCCGUAAAGGUUGGUCCGGAGGAGGCUUGGAUGAGUUAUUAGUAAACGCCGAUGAUCCUUUCAACAGUACCUCGGGGAAAUCGAAUGAGGAGCAGGACGAUUACGAACACAACAGCGACAACUUGAACUCGCCUGAAAGCCCUCUUGUGAGUCGAAACGGAACGCCUCUUACCGCUAAACAUAAGUCCACGCCAAUUCGCAACAGCGUAGACGCUGGCUCUUCGACAAGCGUUCCUACUACAAACUAUUCCGGUGAUAAUGACGCAUAUGACAACUCAUUCUCUUUGCCUAUACCUCCGUCCCAGAAUUCCUCGAGGCUUCAGGAUAAAGAAGAUUCCGAUACGGAAGGCCAAGACGAGCUGGACGAUAACAAUAGCGGCGGGGACAAUAAGAAAAUACUGAGCGGCUUAGAAGACUUGCAUCUCGACAAUACGAACUCCUCGAGCGUGGCUGGAUAG